GGCUAGGAGAAAUAUAGUGUCGUCAAAUAAUGAGUCAAGGCUACAUGAGGCCGCCUACAGGUCUCAGAAUACGCUACCUUCGGUCUAAUUCGUCAAGCGUUAGAUGACCUGCAAUUGCAACUCAGGCGAAGCAGAAGAGUGACAAGUGUAUUUUUCUUUUAUCUAAGACACCUUCAAAUCAUACCUAGUUACAAGAACAAUUCGAAUCGAGAACUCAGUUCUGUCAAGCCAUAACCGGGCUUCGCAUCAACGCUGCAGCACUCGAAGCGAGGAGGGCUGACAUCUCAUGAGACGGCUACGACAAGCUUUUAGGCAUCAGACAUCCAUAACAAUCCAAGAUCCACCGUCAAAAAUCAUACUACGAGUCAUAAUUUUGCCUCAAGAUGACCAUUGCCAGAAGCUCCCAGCACUCGGAUCUCGAGACAGAGUCAUCAAUCCCGCCAAGCCCUACCACCUUGAACCAUCACAGCCUCACCCCGCAUUCCUCUGGGACAAACACACCUAACACACUCCAACAAGAUCGAGAGUUUUUGUUCGAUUCAGAAGAUUUAGAUGCAGCUUUCGAAGAUAAAGGCCAUCGAGAUGAUCUCCCUGAUUACGAAGCCUCGAGUUCCCGGCCGCGUGCCGCAGAAACCGCACGAUGUUCAAUUCUACCUAGUCGGGCCGCAGUAUGGGUUACGAAAGACAGAAACAUCAAGCUCUCUGCCUUUGUAGCUGCUAUAUUACUUCACCAGGGAAUCAUCAGCACCAAGGACCUUGAUGUAUAUCAUAAUCAAGAAAAGGUAGAAAACCAAGGACCAACCGAUCCCAUCACUGGCAUCUUUACCUCGAUUCACUCCACCGUUGGUGGCGUCGUCCAAGGGCUCGUUGAUUAUCCCGUUGAGAUAUCGAAGAUCGUGCAAGCAGAUAGAGAUGUCGCCAAGGGUCUUGCUACCGAUUUCGCGCUUGAUAGCAACAAAGGUGUAUCAAGGAUUAUUGGAACGGGCUUGAGAGCUCCUAUGGACUUCACGAUGAACAUCUCGAGGGGCUUUGGGAAUGUUCCGAAGCUGUAUGGAGAUGAGAGUGUAAGGCCAGUGGAGAAGGUUGAUGGGGUGGUGAGUGGAUUGGAAGCUGCUGGCAAGGUAAGAUCCUCAUUUUAACUUCUACAGUUGCUCCCUUGUGUCUCAGUGUUGUUUGUAUUUCGAUAUCAUUCUUGAUUAUUUUUCAUGUCUUAAUGUCUGGUUCUCCUGUGGCAUAGCUGCCAAAUUCUAUACGUGCCCGGGCGUCGCUUAUACCGAGGACCUUCUCAUUGUUACA